AAAAACAAAACAGUGCGCUCUCGUGCCCGAUUAUUGCGAGUUUAUUAUUUUUUCCGAUUUUUUCCGUUCUAUGUGCGGUGUAUAUACAAUUUUUAUAACUUUUCUUAUUAAUUCCUAAAUUCAUUCCAAAAUGGGCAAACUACACCUACUUCAAUGUCUUACCGGGCACAAAGGACGCGUGUGGGGUGCGGGUUGGCAUCCGAAAGGUAACAUUUUAGCCACCUGCGGUGAAGACAAAACGAUCCGAAUAUGGGCUGAUGAUGAUGGCACUAGUCAACGCUGGUCCGCCAAGGCCGUUCUGGCUGAUGGUCACACCAGGACGAUCCGUGAUGUUGCCUGGUCUCCGUGCGGACAGUAUCUCGCAUCGGCCAGCUUCGACGCUACAGUUGCUAUAUGGGAUAGAAAAUCUGGCGAAUUUGAAUGUAACGCUACCUUGGAAGGACACGAGAAUGAAGUUAAGAGCGUAAGCUGGUCGAAAUCGGGUGCACUGCUGGCAACCUGCAGCAGGGACAAAUCCGUUUGGGUUUGGGAAGUGGGCCAAGAAGAUGAAUACGAAUGUGCUGCUGUGCUUAAUUCGCACACGCAGGAUGUGAAGAAAGUAGAAUGGCACCCUCACGAAGACAUUCUGGCUUCCGCUAGCUAUGACAACACGAUCAAACUGUACAAAGAAGAUUUGGCGGACAGUGAUUGGAGUUGCUUUGAUACACUCAUCUCUCAUGAUUCAACAGUCUGGAGUAUUUCGUUUGACGCAACUGGAAAACGAUUGGCAUCAUGCAGUGACGACCAAAGCGUAAAAAUUUGGCACGAGUAUAAGCCAGGAAACGAGUUCGGCGUUAGCUGUCCCGACAACACGCCCGUCUGGAAGUGUGUUUGUACACUUUCCGGGUUUCACAGCCGAAGUGUUUACGACAUCAGCUGGUGCAAGCAGAGUGGCUUACUGGCUACAGCCUGUGGAGAUGACAUGAUUCGUGUUUUCAGAGAAGCCGAUGGUUCCAACUCAAAUGAACCCACUUUUGAACUAGUGGCUUCGAAGCAUGCACACUCGCAGGAUGUCAACACGGUUGAGUGGAACCCGUUGGUUGCCGGUUUGCUAGUUACUACAAGCGAUGACGGUGAUGUGAAGCUGUGGAAGUUUGAAUCGGAAGAAUAGAUACUGUAAUUUUAAACCUUUCAUAAUAUACUGUUGGUUAAAUUGGUGCCACCAAAAAUUAUGUGCUUCUGUUCAUUUCCCAU